UCUGUGAUCAAAGCUGGCUUCCUGGUGACAGCCAGAGGAGGCAGUGGGAUUGUAUUGGCACGCCUUCCGGAUGGAAGUAUCGGAUUUGGUAAUAAUCCUGAAUUACGACAGAGCCGUAGAAGCUUUUGCAAAAGGCGGUAACCUAACACUUGGCGGGAAUUUUACUGUGGCAGUUGGGCCCUUGGGAAGAAAUCUAGAAGGAAACGUCGCCCUGAGGAGCUCUGCUGCAGUCUUCACGUACUGCAAAUCAAGAGGACUCUUUGCUGGCAUAUCUUUAGAGGGGAGCUGUUUGAUUGAAAGGAAAGAAACUAAUCGAAAAUUUUAUUGUCAAGAUGUUCGAGCUUAUGACAUUUUAUUUGGAAAUAUACCACAGCCUGCUCAAGCAGAAGAUCUUUAUGGAAUUCUUGAUUCCUUUACUGAAAAGUAUGAAAAUGAAGGACAGCGAAUCAAUGCAAGAAAAGCAGCAAGGGAACAGAGGAAGCCUUCUGCUAAAGAAUUACCUCCAAAGCCAUUGUCAAGACCACAGCAGUCAUCUACACCAGUCCAGCUGAAUUCUGACUCUCAAAGUAACAGGAAUGAAUAUAAGCUCUAUCCUGAACUUUCCAGCUAUCAUGAGAGAGUUGGCAAUUUGGAUCAACUGAUAGAAGUGACAGCACUAUAUUCAUUUGAAGGACAACAGCCAGGGGAUUUGAGUUUUCAAGCUGGAGACAAAAUCACAGUUAUAUCAAAAACAGAUUCAUGUUUUGAUUGGUGGGAAGGAAAGCUUCGAAGUCAAACUGGCAUUUUUCCAGCCAACUAUGUAUCCAUGAAUUAAAGAUUAUACUAUUUUCAUCUUUGACAAUUACAAAAAAAAAAAAAAUUAUUUCUACACUGACAGGAUUUACUAUCUAGUUUAGCAAUGUUUAAUAUAAGUUCAAAACUACUUCUACAAAGUUUCAAUCUAGUAUAUAAAAGGUUUUGCUUUUCUAUGUAUUAACUAUGUAUUAACAGUUAACUUGCAUAUCAUUGAGUAAUUUGUACUCAUCACAUACUAUUAAAUAGAUAAUAUCCUACAAUUUA